CCCGAGCCCAGCUCUUUCUAAACACCCUCCUCUCUCUCUCUCUCUCUCUCUCUCUCUCUCUCUCACUCACUCACUCACUCACUCACUCACACACACACUCUCACACUCUCACACUUGGAGCUGCGCGCCCCUGCUUGUUGGCUGGUUCAGUGGAAGUUUUCCAGACUCCGUAAACUUAAGGACAAAUCGGUGACGUGGCUUUAUCGAACUGAACGCAAGAGUUGACCUUCAGCCAGGUCACCGAUACGCCGGGGGCAACAUUGGUCAUUUGCAAUAAUCAGCGCUGGCCGUCUUUGUUCUGAUCUCAGGAAGUUUCCACGCCCUCCACCCCACCCUCUCAUCCCCACCCCCACCCCACCCCCACCCCACCCCCCUGCCCCCCGGCCAGAGAGAGAGCAAUGAGCAACAGCGGGGCGAGAGAGGGGCCAGCCAGGCAAGGGGCCGCAGCUCCCAAGCAACCUGUUCCCGUCGAGCCAGUGAGGAGGGGCCGCGGACGGCCAAAGAAGCAGCCUCAAGAACCUGUUGGCCCUCCCACGCCCAAGCGGCCUCGAGGAAGACCGAUAGGCAGUAAGAACAAGGAACCUCGAGCCGUGCAAAAGAGAGUGGAGCCGCCAAGAGUCAAGCGGCCCAGGGGAAGACCAAGGAAAUGGCCUCAGCGGACACAACAGGAGGAGCAGGAAGGAACUCAGAGGGAAGAGGCUGGAGAGGGAGCAGAGGAACCAUCAACCUCAGGAGGCAACUGACCACCUCACAGUAAUAUUCUACCUCAUUGGCUGGGCAACCGUUGCCUAGCAAGCCAUGAAGAUUGCAACGACAAGAAAUCUUUUUUUUUUCUCUUUUUCUGUUUUGUUUUAAUUAUCAAUCUCCUUCUGCCGCAACUGUGCCACUGCCAAUUUGGACAGCCGACUUCAGAAACUGGUCUGAAGCCUUUCGCGCUUGUCAUUUUGGUCACAAGGGAACGGUCUUAAUGGGUUCCUAUUCUUAAGAAUAUUAAUAAGCAACAGUUUACAAAUGCAGUCACGUGGGCACAGGGUUUUUUUUAAUCUCUCUCUCUCUUUAAGAAAUAUAUUUAAAAUGGUUACUGGACAACCUAAUUUAGCUGUGUUGACAGGUGUCAUUGGCAUAUCUAUCUCUUUGGUGGCUUUUUCUUCCCGGUUUAGUUUAAGGGGGACACGGUGGUGAGCAGCAACAAAUAAUGCCCAGGGAUCUCAGGUUUAAAUUACACGCUGCUUUUCAGGAAAGUAAAACACAAGAUGCCUGUACUUCUAUCAGGUUGCCUCUCAACCUCUGACGUUCCAGAGAAAACAGUCCAAGUUUGUCCAACCUAUUCAUUAAUUAGGGGCAGCACAGUGGCA